AAUGUCAUUGCGACGUCGCUGAAAAGAUUGUAUAGAAUUACUUUAUCGUAUGUGUAUUCGUUAAACGUAAUUUCGCAUCUAAUCUUUAAUUCAGUUUAUAUUUUCUGUACGUUUGACACUUGAUAUAAGUGACAGUUGCUGCACGUUCCGAAUUUCCAUGCAACGCAAAAUGAUUGAAUGGUGGAACAGUGAUGUUAAUUUUUACCGAAAUUCAAAUUUCGUAAUUAAAAAAUCCGGUUACAGUAAUAACAGAAGCAUUGUAAUUCUACGAUACACGUAAGUAAUUACUGUUCUAACUAUCUUAUGAAUGUUAUUCAUACCGAAUGAAAAUUAUUUUUAAGAAAUUUAUGAGUAAAUAUUAUGUUGAUACAGUGACAUACGGCACGCCGCGAAGUCAUCCGACAAUAUAAUACAAAGAAUAAUAAAUCAUAAGCAUAACACAGAUGCGUAUCUUGCGAACAAAGAUAUGUAUCAAAGAAGAUGAAUUUUUGAAAAGACAGAAGAUGACAGUUUUCCUAAGAUAUCUCCCAUAUUUAUUCAAUCAAUAUAGAACAGUUUUUAUAUAAUCGAUCAUUUUCUACGAAAGAAAGCGAUCGUUACCGUAACAAAAAUAGCAGCGUGAUUCGCCACGAUGAAACAUUAUUCGAAAAAAAACUUGUAUUACAAGCAUAAUCGAAUUUUCUAGGAUAAUCACGUAUACGUUGGUUCACAACAUUUCGCAACGUUAAACAUAAAAUAGAAAUCAAAACAUCGAGAUUGUUAUCGAUCAAUCUUCGUAGUUACGUAACCACAUAAAAUUUCAAACUUUCUUAUGAUUUCACCGUUCACGAAUCGCCGAGAAUUACGAAUACCGGCGUCAUAGUAAAUCGACCAUAUUGUUGAUACCUUCCAAAGACUUGCAUUGACACGUUCUUGUUUAUCAUUGUUCAGUUGGAGAAAAACUUGGGGUUUUGUGGGCUCCCCAGCUGGUAGUUACGAUCCUGUCGGCGGUUCUCAGUGCACCGACGAAACUCAUAGCGCACUACAGGACGUCAAGGGAAUACGAGAAAGGUACGGCGAUUUUGCGAUAUGAUGACGAUGAUACGUACAGUCGUGAAUACGCUGCAUGAGAGUGAUGCGUAACACACACCGAGAAGGAGGAAGAAUCGUCGAGCAAGCUCGAGCAUCUCCGUCGAGCCCCGCCCUGUAUAUAUUUUUAACCGGAUCCAUCGAAAGUCUGGCCGGCGUGGCACACCGUUCGUUCGAGCAAGUGAGGUUUCUAUUGACGUGCAGGAAGAAAGAAAAAAGUCAGAACGACGCAAACAAAAGACAGGAUACAUUUGAACGACGCAACAAGUGAAGAAAACUGCAUCUCUUUCGUUCGAUCUGCACGCUACUGGAACUCGUGGAUCUGGUCGUGAAAGUCUACGCCCUUGAUUCUGACCUCAGGAAGAUAUCUUGCAAAGGUUCUCUUGGCAAAAAGCAAGAAAAAUGUCGAUUGUAAUGCAGUACGUAGACCGGCUACACGAGAUACUCGACAAAAAUGCAGAUCAGAGAACAACGCACUGGUUCAUGAUGAGUUCACCGUUCCCCACUCUGUUUAUCUGCCUGAGCUAUGUAUACGGAGUAAAAGUUUUGGGUCCAAAGCUAAUGGAGAAUAGGAAGCCCUUUCAGUUGAAGAACGCCCUGAUAAUUUAUAAUCUAUUCCAAAUGGUGUUCUCAGCGUGGCUCUUCUACGAGAGUCUGAUGGGCGGAUGGUGGGACCAAUAUAGUUUCCGUUGCCAGCCUGUGGACUAUAGCAACAAUCCAACCGCGGUGAGGAUAGGAAUGUCCGGAUGGCUGACUGGCGACUAUUCUCUAAGGUGCCAACCCGUAGACUACAGUGAUCGACCCCAAGUACUAAGGAUGGUGCACGCUUGCUGGUGGUAUUACUUCUCCAAAUUUACGGAAUUCAUGGACACGAUCUUCUUCGUUCUGAGGAAGAAGAACGAUCACGUGUCGACAUUGCACGUUAUUCACCAUGGUUGCAUGCCAAUGUCAGUGUGGUUUGGCGUUAAAUUUACACCUGGCGGUCAUUCUACUUUCUUCGGACUCUUGAACACGUUCGUUCACAUCGUAAUGUAUACAUACUACUUGUUAGCUGCGAUGGGUCCAAGAUUGCAACCGUAUCUCUGGUGGAAGAAAUAUUUGACCGUCUUCCAAAUGAUUCAGUUCAUCGCGGUUAUGAUCCACGCGUUCCAACUUCUCUUCAUCGACUGCAAUUACCCGAAGGCGUUCGUUUGGUGGAUCGGUCUGCACGCGACUAUGUUCUUCUUCCUAUUCAACGAAUUCUACCAGCAAAGUUACCAACAGAGGAGGAAGCCAGUCGCAAACGGCAUGAAAAAGGAUCAUCAGCAGAACCAUCAAGCCAAUGGCGUGACGAACGGUACAAACAGUAAUUCGUCUGGAAGAAGGGAUGCGGCCGAUUAUUACGUGAAAGGCGACAGCCUAGCUGCGUCAGAGCUCAAUCUUAGGAAAUCAUAUACGACGACCGAGUGACCCGAUCGCGCUACGUCGUAGCCGUCAUUAAUUCAUCUCGUCUUUUUCCAUCGAUUCCUCGAGUCGCAUCCGGGCUUCGCUCUAUCACCCUUCCAGUCCAAUGAUCCUUCGAGACCAAUAGAGAAAACAUUGAGUACAAAAUUACUCUGUAUUGUGACUGCGUUGUAGCGCAUAUUUGUGAAAGGAGAUAGAAGGUGAGAGAAAAAGAGUGUGAUACGAAGCAACAUACAAAGGUACUCCCGGAUGUGUUGCGACUCAAUAUCACGGAUCCCUGACCUCGCAACUCAGGUAUUCGUGAUCCUUCUUCGGUUCGCUGUACGUACACCUGCCACGACCGACAAGGUAACUCGUCAUUGAAUCUAUCCCUCACCCCCUGCAAAGGAGUAUAUGCGGGAAGUAAACGAACGAAGAAGCCGCACCGCCGUUCAUGUAAUUGUAUCUCACGUAGAAAACUAAUUGCAUCGAUGUUCCGAUGAGAUCGCGAAUAUAAAAAUAUGUAGAAAAAGUUAAGUUAAAAAGUUACAAAAAAGUAAUUUUCAUCGCCAUCGCAUUACCGAUCAUGGUAAUUCAUAGCGGUGUUACGAUACGCAACGGUAAUUGUAAAAUAAUUGUUUUUAUAGACCAUAGUGAAAUUGCAGUGUUUUCGCAACACGCCUUCGAACCCCUAGGUAAAAAAGGUCUCUCACCACUUUAAAUCGGCUGAAAUAACCUGAUUUAAUUUUCCCAUUCUUUCGUGAAAAUGAACAUUGUUAAACAUAAUUUUUUGAUUUACAUAUUUUUCAAAUACGUCAGGAUGAUAGCUACUUGCGAAAUGUUUUUACUGUCAUCGGUUUGCGCGCGGUUCUAAGAUUAUGUAAAAACAAGAAAUUAUAUAAGAGAGUUAACGGUGAGUCUUGGAUUAAAUUACAUAACAAUGCCACCGACCGUUGUUUUAUUACAUAAUUCGGGAAGAUCUCUUUUGCAUUUUACUAGAAUCCCGCGGGUGUUAGAAAAUUCGCACUUCAUUAUUCCAGAAUUUGUGAUCUUAAUUAGGCCGAUCUAUACUACACAAUCUACGCACUUUCAUACCAAGUUUCACGAUUACAUAAACGGUGCGAAACCUGGGCUUAAAUUCAUGUCCGUAUGCAAGGUGAGUCAACUAACGUUAACCAAAAAUUUCUCCGUUAAUUUUAAUGAUACGAAAAAAUGAUUAAGGAAGAAAAUAUAUCAAUAUAUAACGAGGGAACAUAUAUCAAAAAUAUAUCGUGACACAAAAAAUUUCUUUCUCAAGAUCAUAACCCAAUAUUUUUUAUGUAAAACAUUUUCUCGUAUUAAUAAAACUAAAAGAAAAAUUUUUCGCUUGUGACGUUAAAUGACUCAUUCUAUAAAGGAUUGAAUAUAAGAAAUAGCAAUUUUCCUAAUGAUACUGAUUUUAAACAUAUUUUAAAUAUUUCUAAUUCUGUGAAUAUUUUCUUUUCACAACUCAGGCAUAUCCGUUAUAAAUCGAUGUAUAAAAAUUACUUUCAGUUGAACAUAAAUCAUCGAUACCGUAUAUACGGCGUAUACAUAUAUUCAAUUUCGAGAGAUACUUCAUCUACGUGGCAGCCGUAGGUACAGUGUAACAUAUUUAGCAUUGUACAUAAAAUACAUCAUCUAUUCAAUAUGUUCGACUCAAAAGCCAUUCAGCUGAAAUUAAAAAGAGAAAACGGAAAAAAAUGUAAAAUAAAGGAAAUAUGUGCGAAGCAAUAAAUUAAGACAGUGUACAAAACUAAUCAUUUAAGCUAUAAGAAUGACUACUAAUUGAUGAUGAGAAUGACUUAAUGAUUUAAUCGACAAUGAAUAACCGAUUUUGUAUAUUUAAGAUUUUUCACUGAUUGGCUUUUAUGCCGACUAUAUUAUAGGCAUCGCGAAGUCGCGCAAAGCUAAGGAAACUCACGUUUUCGAUUACCGAACAUUCAAUCCUUGAAGGGACAAGAGAGCAACGUCAUCCGUGCCUUGCGAGCAAACUGAUGUGCCUUAAUAUCUGGAAUGUUCUGAUAAUUACGCGCAAUGGUCAUUCAAAGCUCAAUAUAAACAGCGAGAUGAUCUAUCGGCGAAAGUUCAUUAACGAAAAGCAAGAGAUCGCGUUUCAUUUUGUAACACGAUCACUGGCGUCAAAGCUGUGAUUACCAAAAUAUUUCGUCGUGUCACUUGUGAUCUAGACAUUAAGGUUUCAACUCAGAACGCGUCGUCAAACGAGCCGAAUUAAUCAAGGGGUUUUUUAUCGUUUUUUUUGUACGUAUAUCAUGAAAUUAUAUAGGGUUAAAUUGUUGAUCAAAUUUUCCAACAUCACAAUUGUUGAAAUUAUUGUUAGAACUAAGAAUAUCUAGAAAUGUUUAUAUUUUCUAGCGCAAACAUCAAGUUCCCGAAUUCCGCACAAAUUUAUUCUAAUACAAUACUUCUAUUUUUCUAAGCAAAUGCUUGUAAUCCGACAGAUCUGUAACGAAGAUCAUUCGUAUAUCCCACAAACCAAUGUUUUCUAACUAUGAAAUUUUGUGUGCCUCGCGUCCUUGCACAAUGCAACAUUCUUAUCGAUACUUGCUCACACUUUCUAAAAGAGAAUCACAAAUGUUUGUAUGCCUGAGAAAUUCUUUGUACAUCUAUUCAUAAAAUUACAGCGACUAAGAUACGAUUCCCGAACUUUGUACCACAGAUAUAAUCAGAUAGUAUGAUGAUACGAUUGGUUUGCACAAAAUGUCCACUUUGUGUUUCGUUCGCUUUGCACAUUUCGUACACUUUGUACAUAGAUAGGAUAGUUUUGUACUGUCGUAAGGAAAGGAAACAAAACUUUUGAAUAACACUUAUUGUGCCACGCGAGAAAGGUCGAAAGUUAAAGAAAACGGCGAAGGAAAAGAAAAGUAAAAGCAGGUAACAUAAAUUAACGUGCGCAUAAUGAUAAUUUAUAUACGAAUCUAUAUCUAGAUAUUACGAAUAAAAAGUUGUUUAAAAAAACGUAUGAAAAAAAAUCUUCACCGAGACUAAUGAUUAUUUUGUAAUCGCGGCUAUGUACAUAAUACUAGUAGAACAAUUAGAGAAAAAUAACGAACAUGUCUCACGUUUCAUAUUUUUUAAAGAAAUUGUUCUUUUUUGCAAAGAUUUUCUUUUGUACAAAAAAACAAUAUACAAAGAUACCAAUUAAUUCUCAUUAGUAAAAACUUUCAAACUUUAUUACAAAUGUUUUGCUUAUGCGAUAAAAAAAAUCACGAAAACCUAUACUAUACUAAAAUUUUUUGAACAAAAAUCUCCAGAAUAAUAUUCGAGUAUCUCUUUUAUCGGGCACAUUCUAAUUUGAACAAGAAAACUUAUCAAUUCAAAUUUAACACUUGCUCACGCAAUUAAUUUUUCUAGGAAUAAUAAAGAAAAUUAUUUAUUAUUUAUUUACAAUCUCAAUUUUGAAUUGAAAAAUUGACGACAGAGAGAAUACAAUGUACGUAAGUAGAUCCAAACGAUUAAUCAGACAUUAAAUGUGGAAUUAAAUGCAAAAACGAUGAACGCAACAUAUUUAAAACUCGAGUCUAUGCUUCGAAUUGUAGAUAAAUGAAAGUAAUCAUUCUAUAUAUACAACGUGAACUUAGUUAUGUACCCUUGUUUCUUAUGCACAGAUAAGAAGAAACUAUAGUAAUCUAAUUAAAUAGCUGAUAUAGUCCUCUAGAUCAGUGAUGCGUGAAGCAACUGAAUAAAAGAAUUGAUAUAUUUAUUAUGAUAUUGACAAAAUUAAAAGUUCUUGAAACAUAAAUUGAUUGAAGCAUAUACAGUAUACAGUACAUUGUGUAAUCUACCGCAUGAUAGAAAAGAACAAUUCUUUUUCAACGUGCAUUUGCAUGGAUUACUACCUACAAGUAUGUGACGCAUUCAUAAUUUUCUGUCGCUUAGACAAUAGUUCUCAAUCUAUAUGUUAUGAUAUUUAAAUGAUUGUUACGCGGACUAUUUAGGAGCAAUAAUAUAAUAAAUAAAAACAUAA